AUGAAGACCAUCGACGAAAAGCACUGCCAUUUAUAUUUGGAUGGGGACGAUCUCGGCUCUCUCGAGGCUAAUCGUCCAUCACGUCCACACAGCACGGCAUCUACCGAUGGAGACGAAUCCACAUGGGAGGGAAAUGAUGAGACGAUGGAGCAUGAAAUUCACCAUCAGAAUGAACUCACUCAACCCCCUACCAAUGUCAGUGUUCUCACGCGCACCCUCUCCGUCGUGCGCACCCGCGAGUCUGGCAAAGAUCUCGGCCCUCCUCCCGACGGAGGAUUCACGGCCUGGCUGCAAGCCGGUCUCGGCCACCUGAUCAUCUUCAACACCUGGGGAUACAUCAACAGUUUCGGCGUCUUCCAGACCUACUACACCACUGCCCUCAACCGGGCUCCCUCCGACAUCUCCUGGGUCGGCAGUAUCCAGAUCUUCCUGCUCUUCUUCAUCGGGACCUUCUCCGGCCGCGCCACCGAUGCGGGCUUCUUCCGCAUCACUGUGACCAUCGGAGCCAUUCUCAACGUUUUCUCCAUCUUCAUGACCUCGCUCUGCACGCAGUAUUGGCAACUGUUUCUCGCGCAGGGGCUCGGUCAGGGUAUCGGAUGCGGCCUCAUGUUUGUCCCCACCUUGGCCAUGAUCUCAACCUAUUUCCUGAAACGACGCGGCAUCGCCAUCGGUAUCUGUGCCUCGGGCUCCGCCACAGGAGGGCUGGUCUUCCCCGCCGUUGUCCGAAGUCUACUGCCCCGAAUCGGAUACGCCUGGACCAUCCGCACAUUGGGAUUCAUCUCCCUGGCGACCUUGAUCCCCUGCCUGCUCUUCUUCCAGCAGCGUCUCCCCCCACGCAAGACGGGUCCCGUGCUUGAACUCGCCGCCUUUCGCGAACGACCCUACUUCCUCUUCACCGUGGGCAUGUUCCUCAACUUCUGGGGCCUCUACGUCGGAUUCUACUACAUUGGCAGUUUCAGUCGCGACAUCAUCGGCGUGGCCGAGUCCGUCUCCAUCGACCUCCUCCUCGUCAUGAACGGGGUCGGUGUCCUGGGCCGACUCGUGCCCAACCUACUAGCCGAUCAAUUCACCGGACCACUGAACCUUUUGAUCCCCUUUAGUGCGGCCACCGCAAUCGUGGCCUACUGCUGGGCCGCCGUGCCCGAUCUGGCGGGUCUGUGGGCAUUUGCGGCCGUGUAUGGCCUGGCCGCCGCGGGGAUCCAGUCGUUGUUCCCGGCGACGUUGAGUACAUUGACGACUGAUCUGAAGAAGAUUGGGGUGCGCAUGGGGAUGGUCAUGAGUGUGGUGGCGGUGGCGGCGCUGAUCGGAUCCCCGAUUGCGGGAGCUUUGAUUGAAUGUGACGAUGGGGGGUAUUUGUAUGCGCAGAUGUUUACAGGGAGCACCAUGCUGGCUGGGACGGUGACUUUGAUGGCGGCGAGGGUGUGUAAAGUAGGAUUGAAGGUUGCUCGAGUUUAG